AUCCAUCCAGACAAAAUCUUAGAAGACCUUUAGAAGCACACAGGAAACUGUGAGUCCCUGUGUUUACAAAAUGGUAAACAACUGGGUCAUUCUGUCUGUCUACAUCUUUUCAUUUUUGAUUGGCCUUCCAGCCAAUAUUCUGGCCAUGUGCACCUUCAUUAAGAAGCUUGGCGACAAACCAGGUCUGAAUGACAUCCUACUCUUCAACCUGACGGUUUCAGAUCUGGUCUUCCUGCUUUUUCUUCCCUUCAAGAUGUAUGAAGCGGCAGCUGAUAUGAAGUGGAACUUACCGCAAACCUUGUGUUCCAUUGCCUCCUUCGUCUUUUUUACCACAAUUUACACCAGCUCUCUGUUACUCAUGACUAUCGCUGUGGAUCGCUAUUUAGCAGUCAUGUUUCCUUUCAAAUACAGACAGUUGCGAAGGCCAUUGUACGCCGUAGCAGGCAGCAUCUUUAUCUGGUUGUUUUGUGGUGCACACUGCAGCAUCGUUUUCAUCAUCGUCCACAUGCCUGAACCGAACAACACCACUCCAAAAACCGUGUGCUAUGAGGACUUCAACGAGAAACAGAAAAGCAUUUUGUUGCCAGUGCGGCUUGAAUUUUUUGUCAUCCUCUGUCUGGUGCCGCUCUUAGUUUGCAUCUUUUGUUAUGUGAACUGUAUCUACAUCCUGUAUACCAGGCCUCACAUCACUAAAAAGAAAAAGCAAAGGGCCUCCGGCAUGGCAUUGUGCACUUUGAGUAUCUUUCUACUAUGUUUUCUACCGUACAACAUCUCCCAUCUGGUGGGUUACUGUAGCAACAACAGCCCGCCGUGGAGAUACUAUAUGCUUUUGUUGAGCACUCUAAACACCUGUUUGGAUCCAUUAAUUUUCUAUUUCUCUUCAUCAACUUUCCGGGAGAAUGCCAAGAUUUCUUUCUUGAAGACAUCCUGUGCUAGCAAGAAAGCUGAAAUUGUGCAAAUGGAGAUGAGAUUUGAAAGAGAUGACAUAUAAAAUUAAACAACUUUGGCAACAGAUAAGAUGAUUUUGCCAGUGGGAAAUAUUUCCUAACAAUUUCCAUGUAAAUAUUUGCACUAUAUGUAUUGUAAAUAGCCUUCAAUUAUUAUGCAAUUAUUAAGGUGAUGUGACGGCACAAAUCUAGCCUGAUCUCAUUAAAAUUAUGUGACUAUUGCAACAUUACAUGGUAUAUUACAUGGUUCAUUACACGUAUCGCGGCAGUUCCAAGUUGAAAUGUCCACUAUCUGGCGCUAAAAGGGAGUUAAAAUUUCUCCCAAACAGAUGAAGUUUUUAAGGUUAAUGCUCUAUCAAGUUUUAAAUCAACAAAACCGACCUCCCUACCCUAAACCUUAAUCUCAAGCAAUACACAUGCGUGGACGUUGUAUUUUGGCUUAGCUACACGCAAUACAUAAUUUAAAUUCAUUUAAACUGACUGUUCUUAGUUCAGGAGACUCUGGGCUGUCAGUAAAGGGUUAAACUUAACAAGACAGAGUCAUGUGACAAAACAACAUAGCGCCGAUCACAGCAGAGUUUGUCUUUGGGAGAAACGCCAACAAAACUAUAUCUGGUAAGAAAUCUCAUUACGUUUUUACACUGAAACCUGUUUGAGUCAAAACAUUACAUUCUCUAGUUUCAUCCAACAUGCCACACUGCUAAA